GAACAAAUUAAACUCGUCUCUCGAAGCAACGCUGUAAUCUAAAUGCGUUUCAGAAAGCCAACAUCCAUGUUUGCCGCAAUGUCUGUCUGAGCAUUCGCUCUUUUUAGCAGGUCACCAUCAAGUCAGCAAUGAGCAACCAAACAGCAGGAGAGUGUCAUGUCCCUCCAGCAGAGUACCAGGUCUACUUGUUCCCAGCCGUCUACAUCUUUGCCCUGGUCUUUGGUCUCCCUGGAAACCUGGCUGCCAUCUAUGUGUUCACCCUCAGGGUCAACCCCCGCACCGCCUUCAGCGUGUACAUCAGCAACCUGGCCCUGGCAGAUGUCGUCAUCCUGUGCACGCUUCCCUUCCGGGUCCACUACCACCUCAAUGGGAAUGACUGGGUGUUUGGCGACGUCGCCUGCCGAAUCACGGGGAUCCUUUUCUAUGCUAACACCUACAUGAGCAUUUGUUUCAUGACGUGCAUCUGUGUGGACCGCUAUAUAGCCACAGUGCAUUUACAUGCUUAUUUGAAGCUGAAGAGGCUGCGGUACUCACUGCUCACCAGCGGCAUCCUCUGGGGCAUCGCAGGAGUGGCCGUGGUGGUCUUCAUACUCAUGGGACCUCUGCAGACAAACGGUACCAAAUCAGGGAGCCACAGCUGCUUCGAGAAUUUUGCCGCCCAUGAAUGGAGCUCGCGUCUGUUGCCCUACAGCGUCCUGAGCCUUAUCUUCUGCUGCCUACUGCCCUCUGCCAUCAUCCUGGUGUGCUACCCGCUGGCUGCCAGGCGCAUUUCCAGG